AUGGGAGCAGCAUUGGCCAGGGCAGCUCAGUGGACUGCUGCUGGUUCUGGAACUGGCACACUCGAAAUCACCCCUUUGAACGAAUCUCUUUUAAAUCAAAUUAUUAAGUUUGUGGAGGACUUCAGCACUAGACAUCCUCGGGAAGCAGCAUUUGUCUUCAAAGAGCCCCUUGAGUGGAAAACACAAUUGGAUUGUUCAGCAUUUGGAAAUGGUUAUGAGAUCACUGAAGCAACUGUUCAGUCUGAAGCCAGAGCUAAAGAUGGCCAGUCAUUGCUUCUCCUUACGAAAUCAACUCUCAGAGUUCGUAGUUUUGACCAGCUGUCCUGCGUGUUACAAAUUGCUAUGGAAAAAAAGUUAAAGGAAGUACAGGCGUGCCUUGAAGCUAACAGAGAUCCUAUAGUACAAAUUCUUGGCCCUGAAUAUGGGACUGUUGAAGGAGAAGAUAGGUCCAUCUUGCAUUUACUUGAGAAAGUGAAAAAAGGUGGUGACCCUGAAACAGAGGUGAAAAUGAAAAUCUUUCUUCUUCUUCAUCAGCUGGAUUUGCAACUGCUUAAUAGUUCUUUGAAACAAAUUUCACAAGAUGUAAGACUAAAUCCAGCUGCUGUAAAUAACGAAGUGAAUCUUCUAAAGAAUUUCUCUGGGGAAGGAGAAGAUACAGUACUGGAAUCACUGGAGUAUACAUCAGAUUACGUGUUCUCUAAUGGAUGCCGAGCUCCCCCCUGGAGACAAGUGCAUGGAGAAAUUUGUUACUUAGUCAUCAACCCACAUGACACUGAUCCUUUGUGUAUCACUUGCAGCACAGCAGGAGUGUUUUUAAAUGGAGGUCAAAUAGAUGGUAAAGAUCACAUUGACUAUGAAAGAAAAAGUGAUGUAUAUAAAGAUAUUGUCACAUUUUUAAGGGAGAGAUCACCUAAAUUUGUAGAAAAUAUGGCUAAACAGGAAUACAGGUUUUUUAAGGAACCAACAUAUGAGAAGAAUUUCCAGCGUAUGGGAGUAGUUGAGGCUAAGGUCUCUGGCCAAUCCCAGAGCCUUCAUGAUUUUACAGAAAAGAAAAAACAUGUUACUGACAAAGCUACAAGAAAAGAUGCUGAGGAAGAUAGAAGGAGAAGUAGUACUGUGUCUCCAAAAAUCAAAAAGAAAGGCGAUGGCAUUUCUUCUCAAUCUGCUAAAAUACAACCAGCUUCAAAACGUAAAACAUCAGCCAGGUUUGAUAAUAUUAGUGAAAGUUCCUCAGAGACUGAGGAAGAUGAAGAACAGCCUGUACGUCAUCAUGAAGGAGGCACAGAUUUGCCAUCAGAAUACUGGGGAAUUCAGAAACUUGCAAAAUAUUUAAAG